AUGUCGAUGGCAGGGACGAAUCUUUAUGUUUCUGGCCUUCCGCCAGGCUUUAAUGAUGCCCACCUUUUCCAGCUUUUCGAGCGCUUCGGGAGAAUCUGGUCUUCCAGAGUCUGCCCAUCUCGCAGAACGGGUGGCUUCGGGUAUGCCUUCGUCAAGUAUGGCGAUCCAUCCCAUGCCGCUGCAGCGAUCAAAUCUCUGAAUGAGUAUGAUGUAGGUGGGGCAGUGAUAUCAGUGAAGCUUGCGGACAAUGAUCGCGGCCCGCAUCAGUCGGACGGUGGCAAGGGUAAAGGCAAGCUCGAUCCUUGGAACAUCCCGGCGGAUCAGAGUGAGGUCCUGAUCACCGGCUUGCCGCGAGACACGGAUGAGGAGUCGAUUCGGCAGAUGUUUAAAGACAUGGGGAGGAUCACAAUGAUAAAGGUCUGCUGUGAAGGGAAGAUGGACGGCCAAGGAUAUGCUUUGGCGAGAUUCAGAUACCCUGAAGAAGCGCAGCAUGCAAUACGACAGACGGAUGGCAGCCUACACAAGGGGCUGACAAUCCGGACCCUCCUGUCGUCCAGUACUGCUGCGAAGGGUGAGGUCAAGAACAUGCUCGAGAGACAGAAUGUCCCGACAGAGAGCUUGUUUGUGAUGGGCCUUCCGCCGGGGAGCACCACAGAAACCAUUACUGCGUUCUUCGGUCAAUUUGCCGGGGUCGCCUUUGUCAAGGUGCUGGACACCAACGGAAAGAAGGGCGAUACGGUUGCCCUGGUGCGCAUGAACACCCUUGACGAGGCAGUGUGGUGUUUCGACCGACUGAACGGCCAGGAGACAGCACCCAACCUGCAGCUCAUCGUCCGCUAUUCCGAUCCCCCGAAAGGGGCCAAGGGGAUGACCAAGGGCGUGGAUGAGCUGCAGGCCAUGCCACCCGGGGUUCUUCCGGCACCGCGAGCGCAUGGCUUCAGUUACUCGCCGUAUGGAGAGGAGGCGCUUCCGAUCGCCCAGCGGCCGGUGAGGAGCUUCACAGGCACAGAUUUCGCCGAUCAGGCAGCCUUUGGCAACAGCAAUGCGCCGCCUCCGCCGGGCGGCAGCCUCGCAGCGCUCCUUGGUUCUGCCAGACAGCCAGCCGGCAGCGUGGCCGGCAGUGGCGGCGGAGCGUUCAGACCUGCGAUGCCGCUCAGCGCACGAUGCAAGCAAAUGCUGUCACAUGGUCUGGAGCGUCGAGAUUGUAGAUCCACCCUGGUCACGGUGACCAGGGUCAUCAAUUGCGCCGGCAGACAGGUACCAAAUCACUGGGAGUCGAUCGGCGUUGUAUACCUAACUUACUACUGGGUGGAUGCAGAAAGCCAGGUGGUGCUGGAUCCCCGCGAUGUCGUGUCGUCCGAGUCAUUUCGUUUCAUAGAGGAGGCUCUGAAUGCAGCCGAGAGUGUACUCAUCCACUCCGUGCGAGGGCAGUCGAGAUCCUGUUGUAUCCUUGGAGCUUACAUGAUGAGAAAAUACAGUUGGGGCCUCCGCAAGACCAUGGAGUUCCUAAGCUUCCGGAGGCCUGACAUGAACUUGAAAACUGCGUUCAUGCAGCAGCUGUCAUCGCUCGAGCGACGCCUGGCGGAGAAGCUCGGGAGAGCCACGACAGAUCGCGGCUGGUCUGGGCCUCGCAUUUCUGUGGGGAGGGCAUGCCAUGAUCGAUCUGGUCACAGAAUCGCCCUGGCUUCUGAGGAGAAGCCAAGUGGCGCAGAUCGCCACAACCUGAAGGCCUCAGGCCUACAUGGCAUCCUCCGGAAGAAGGCACCAGCCGCCGACAGCUCAGCCUUGCUAGGAUGCCUUGAUCUCGCCCUGCCCAGUUGGCUCGAGUCCAGUUUUGACACGCUCAACGCAGCUGCUUUCACAGUGGAGAUGUCCGCCCAGGUUGCUUUCGUCUCACCCGGUGAGGCCACGUUGAGGGCUGCGCCUCCCAAAGGCAGCCCGACGAGCUUUGCAAAGAGCGAAGUGAGGGAGCCAGAGCUCCGAACGGCCGGCGCGGCGGCGCUGCUGGGCGUGGCCUUGGGGGCCUCCCGAUCUCGCUCCAAGCGCUCUCAUGUUGGGCGGCGAGUGGCCACCGCCGACGUCCAAACCCUGGCAGCUCCGGAUGGGGAAGACGACAUGAUGGGCAUGUCUGGUGGAUUUGGUGGCUACACUCAGUCGAACGUUGCCGCUCGCCGUGUAGUCCCCACCGAUAAGCAGCGCGAGGGACGUGCCUGUGUGAAGGUGGUCUAUGUGGUUCUCGAGUCCCAGUACCAGUCUGCGAUGACGGCGGCCAUCCGCCAAAUCAACAAAUCCCCAGGCCCCGUCUGCAUGGAGUGCGUCGGUUACCUGCUUGAAGAAAUCCGAGAUGCGGCUAGUGAGGAGGAACUCGCCAAGGACUUGGACGAUGCCAACAUCUUCAUCUGCUCCUUGAUCUUCGUGCAGGAGCUGGCUGAGAAGCUCGUGAAGAUCGUCGAGCCACGCCGUGCAAAGCUUGAUGCAUGCCUUUGUUUCCCCUCGAUGCCUGAAGUCAUGAAGCAAAACAAACUGGGCACUUUCGAUUUGACACAGAUCGCAGGAGGCCCUUUGGGCAACUUUGCCCAGCAAGUGAAAGACUUGCGCCAGAAGUCGCUGGCCAAAACGAAGCCUUCGUCAGGUGGAAACUUUCAGGACAGCUUGCUCAAGUUGGUCCGAACAUUGCCCAAGGUUUUGAAGUUCCUACCCGGAGACCAGGCCAAAGACGCGAGGACCUUCGUCUUGUCUCUGCAGCACUGGUUGGGCGGCACCCCAGAAAACUUGGAGGCAAUGCUGCUGCGCAUUGCAGGUGGGUACGUGCCAUCUGUGGACUCCAUUGACGCAGAGUCCCUGAUGGAUCCAGUUGUUCUUCCUGACAUGGGAAUUUGGCACCCUCUGGCUCCAACCAUUUUCGACUCUAUGACUGAGUACAGGGAGUGGUACGACAAAGUGCAUUGCCCUGCAGCAGGCAUCGCGCCGGAUUCCCCGAUGAUUGGUCUGGUUUUGCAAAAAUCGCACAUUGCAACCAAGGAUGACGGCCACUACGUGGGCAUGGUCCAGGAGCUGGAAAGGCGUGGGGCACGAGUGGCCUGCACAUACACCGGUGGCCUGGACUUCUCUGUGCCAGCAAAGGAAUACCUUGCGGGUCCUACCGGUGAAGGCCUUGUCGACGCCUUGGUGAACUUAACGGGCUUUUCGCUGGUUGGCGGGCCAGCAUCUCAGGAUGCCGAGAAAGCCAAGGAGGUCCUCAUGCGCUUCAAUCGACCCUACUUGGUGAGUGUCCCACUGGUCUUUCAAUCCUUCACAGAGUGGCAGAACAGCCAACUUGGCCUUCAUCCAGUGCAGGUCGCCUUGCAGGUGUCCUUGCCUGAGAUCGACGGUGCGAUUGAGCCACUGAUCUUCUCCGGCCGCGAUGGCACCACGGGUCGGUCCAUUCCGAUGCAAGAUCGAAUCGGUGCCUUAGCGACCCGUUCCAUGAACUGGGCAAACUUGCGCAGAAAGCCCAAUGCCGAGAAGAAGCUCAGCAUUUGUGUCUUCCAGUUCCCUCCGGACAAAGGCAACGUGGGCACGGCUGCCUACCUGGAUGUCUUCGGCAGCAUCUUCGCGGUGAUGGGAGAGUUAAAGAAGCAGGGCUACACGAUCGAGGACAUGCCCGACAGUGUGGAGGGCUUGCAGAAGUCCAUACUAGAAGACCCAGAGGCAGCCAUGUCCAUGUCAGAUCUUAACGUGGCCUACCGGAUGAGUGUGGAUGAGUACGAGGAGUUGUGUCCCUUCGCCAUGGACCUGCGCGAGAAUUGGGGUGCUCCGCCGGGCGAGCUGAACACAGAUGGUCGGGACAUGCUGAUCUAUGGGAAGCACUUCGGCAACAUCUUCCUGGGUGUGCAGCCUACAUUCGGCUAUGAGGGCGAUCCCAUGCGGCUUCUUUUCGCCAAGUCAGCAUCCCCACAUCACGGCUUUGCUGCUUUCUACACAUACCUGGAGUUUAUCUUCAAAGCGGACGCGUUGCUUCACUUUGGCACUCACGGUUCCUUGGAGUUUAUGCCAGGCAAGCAGGUGGGCAUGUCCGGAGGCUGCUAUCCCGACCGCUUGAUCUCUGUGCUGCCGAACCUCUACUACUAUGCUGCCAACAACCCGUCAGAGGCCACCAUCGCCAAGCGGCGCUCUUAUGCUUCUACGAUCUCGUACUUGACCCCUCCUGCAGAGAACGCGGGCUUGUACAAAGGCUUGAAGGAACUCAGUGAGUUGGUGAAAUCCUACCAGGGCUUGCGCGAGAACGAGCAGCGUGGUGCCUCCAUCGUGAACAGUAUCGUGGCAACAGCUCGCCAGUGCAACUUGGACAAAGAUAUUGAGCUCCCUUCAGAGGAGGACGAUAUGGCAGCUGUUUCUCUGGAUGAGCGUGACGCAGUGGUGGGAAAGGUGUACCGCUUGCUCAUGGAAAUCGAGUCGCGAGCUCUGCCAAUGGGCCUACAUCAAGUCGGGGUUCCACCGACUGCUGAAGAAAGCGUUGCAACCUUGGUGAACAUUGCCCAGUUGGAUCGUCCGGAGAUGGGCAUCAAGAGCCUUCCACGGCUGCUGGCCGAGAGUAGGGGGAAGGACAUCGAAGCCGUCUACAAGGGCAACAACGACGGCAACCUCGAGGACGUGGCAUUGGUGCAAGAGAUUACUCUGGCCAGCCGUGCUGCGGUCGGGGCCUUGGUGCAGCAAUCCACAAACUCGGAAGGCCGAGUUGAAGAAGUGAACACCUUCGUGCAGGACAUGUUCAAUUUCUUCUCGGGGGGCUCUCCUUACAAGAAGGCUUUAGAUGAAUCCGGCUUCUCAGGCGUGGCAGAGGAGCCCCUGAAGCCGCUCUUUGAGUACCUCCAGGCCUGCCUCGGGGAGGUGGUGCGCAACAACGAGGUCCCGAGCCUGAUCAAUGCCUUGGAGGGCAAGUUCAUUGAGCCGGGCCCGGGUGGUGAUCCAAUCCGAAAUCCUGAUGUCUUGCCCACCGGAAAGAACAUGCAUGCCUUGGACCCCAACUCCAUCCCAACCAAGGCCGCAAGCGACGUGGCGAUGGUGGUGGUGGAUCGGCUUCUAGAAUCCUUGAAGGAGCAGCAGGGCGAGAUUCCCGAGUCCAUCGCUUUUACGUUGUGGGGGACGGACAACAUCAAGACCUACGGCGAGUCUUUGGCUCAGGUCUUGGCCUUGGUUGGGUGCCGGCCCGUUCCGGACUCUCUUGGCCGGGUGAACAAGGUGGAGCUCAUUCCUUUACAGGAGCUGGGACGGCCUCGGAUUGACGUGGUCUGCAACUGCUCGGGGGUCUUUCGGGACCUCUUCAUCAAUCAGAUGAACCUGCUGGAUCGUGCGAUCAAGGCUGCUGCCGAGGCAGAGGAGCCUCCGGAGAUGAACUUCGUGCGUAAGCACGCCAUGGAGCAGGCCGAGGAGCUGAACAUCUCCCUGCGCCAGGCGGCAACGCGGGUCUUUUCCAAUGCAGCCGGCUCCUACUCUGCGAACGUCGGAAUCGCCGUGGAGAAUGGAGCGAGUGUCGACGAGGAGCAGUUGCAGGAACAGUUCGUCACUCGCAAAGGCUUUGCUCUGAGCUCGGACGCGCCUGGCGAGCUGAUCGAGUCUUCGGGGCUCUUCAAGUCGGCGCUGAGCAAGGUGGAUGUCACUUUCCAAAACCUCGACAGUAGCGAGAUUUCCCUGACCGACGUAUCACACUACUUCGACAACGACCCCACCAAGGUCGUCUCGAACCUGCGCAAGGAUGGAAAGAAGCCGGAAGCCUUGAUUGCCGACACCACCACCGCCAACGCACAGGUGCGGUCGCUGUCCGCGCAAGUGCGCUUGGACAGCCGCACCAAGCUCCUGAACCCAAAGUUCUACGAGGCCAACCUCAAAGGUGGCUACGAAGGGGUGCGUGAAAUCUCCAAGAGAAUGCGCUUCACUUUCGGAUGGAGCACAACGGCUGAUGCCGUCGACAACUUUGUCUAUGAGGACUGCAACAGCACGUACAUCAAGGAUGAGGAAAUCAAAAACAAGAUGCUGGAAGCCAAUCCUGAUGCCUUGCGGGACAUGGUCCAGACAUUCCUCGAAGCAAACGCAAAGGGAUACUGGGACACCGACGACGAAAACCUCCAACGCCUGCGCGACGUCUACCAGGAGUGCGAGGACCGCAUCGAGGGAGUCGACUUUGCAGCCUGA